CGUUGCGCUGGCCCUCGAUAGCUGCACAGGCGCAGCCGGACGCCGUGAACAACAAUAAACCGCCGUGGCGCGGACGUUUGCCGGCUUUGUGCGUGUCACGAUAACGCUCACAUCACACCUUACAUAUCCACCUUCGUCAAUCGUCUUUCUUUCCACCGUCAUCGUCAACCACCAUCGGCCUCGUCGCCUGUUUUAAUCCCAACUUCAUCCAUCUAUCUCUUACACCUCAGAGGCACAUAGCUGCUUAAUCGCGAAUGGGGCAGUCGCACUCUCGCCGCCCGGAGGCGCAGACUAAUGGGUCGGCGCCCUCGACUGCGCCCGACCGCGUCGAUGGCGCGCCGGCUGGUCGGGCGACGAAGGAGGUGAAGAAAGAGCAGGCGCAUAGGCUGCGCAACGUCUCUACCAGCAGCGCGAAGCCGACGCACAUGCGCAACAAGAGCAACGCGACGGACAAGGAGGGCGGCAAUAAAUGGCGCAAGCGUCUGUCGAGUACCUUCGGCAAGCACCGCAGGAGCUCGAAGAUCGGCAAAGAGCUGCUUGGGAGCGGCGCGCAGGAGGUCGACGAAGCUGGAAUGGGCAAUGGUGCUGCGGAGACCGCGGUGGAUGGGCUUCGGGUCGACGAGAACCAAGGUGCGGAGGCAGAGCGGCGGGAGUUGGCUGGUGUUGAGCAGGUCGCACCGGCGACUUCUGCCACCUCAACACCUUCGGCCCCCAAUCGAGUGACAGAAGACGCUGGCGAGACUCGACCCUUGACCGGCUCGGGUUCCAAUGUUCCAACGUCUUCUUCCUCUGAGCGCCAUUCCCACGACGAUGCUCGCCACGACCACCCAAUCCCUCAAUCAUCAACAACUAGUACAUCCUCGCCUCUAACUUCUUCGACGAAUGAUGUUUCGCCCUCUUCUCCAUCUCCACCAAAUGCGCCUACCCCACCCGCCAACUCCGCCACGAACGCACCCAAUAACGCCUCUGGCGCUUCUCCCAACAACAACGCCACACCUGCUCCCACGCACGCCCCGCCCACGGGUGUCCUCCUCGUGCAGGGCAUCGUCCAGACGCGCGAUAUUCGCGUCGAUAGCGAAGAUCGAUCAUCGUCUCCCGAGCCAGCGUCUUCUCCCGAGUCUGAGAACGCUCUAUCUGACCCGGAAGCGGAGGAGGACAGCGAAGCGCCGGUGACUGCCAGCACGAGGCCGACUGCCCAGCCGACGGCCACUGCCUCAGAUGCCGAGGCGGCGCCGUCAGCUGGCGGUGAGCGUGAUCAAACUCAGGCUGCCAAUGGAUCUAUACAGGAGCAAGGCUCGACGAGAACGAGAAGGCGGCUGUCGACGCUGUUCAGCUCGCUGAGGAGGUCGAGUGGCGAACGGGCAGCAAGGACUCCGGCGUCUAACGAGCAUAGUGCUGCCGGUUCGAGGACGUCGCUGGCAUCCGUGGGUCCUGCGGAGACCGCGGCCGAGCCGAACGCUAGCGCCACCAAUGCAGGCGAACAGCAGCCAUCUGAAGAUGCGCGUCCCAGCGAUGCAGUCCCCCCUCCACGACCUGCGCGUGUGGACCCGCCUCUGCCGAAUCACACCAUCGACGUGUUGAGCACGUAUCUCUCGCUUGCAGCAGCCGCAACCGCGGCGUCCUUGCUUACCGGAUCGGCCGACCCGAUCGUGAACUCUGGGCUGGUUGGGCAGAGGGACGGAGAAAAUGGGACCGGCGCUUCAGGCCAGUCUCCCGAGCCCACAUCACCAUUGGCGGAUACGGUGGAAAAUGCACCCCCGCAGCGUAAUGCAAGCACGCCGUCAGUGUCCGCAACUCCAACCGUGGCUCCCCCGCCUCGCCAGGAGUCCAAUGUGCCUGCGCCUGUCGUAGCACCAUCACGACCAGCUGUUCCCCCUCAGACUCCUGUCAUCGGCUCGUCUCCUUUAGCACCACCCGUUACGACUUCCAGGCCUCCGCCUGCCUCGGCAUCCGCAUCACCCAUCACACCUUCACUGCCGACCCUACCUAUGUCACCUCCUUCGACGGCUGCACGCCGACCUGGUCGUCGGUAUCAGGGCACUCGCGCACGGUCGGCUUAUGAUCGUCUCGGCCUGACGUCCAGCGCAAGGCGUGGUGGUGGCAGGCGAGAAGAGUCGGAAGAGUCGACUGCGAGCACUAGUGCACGGCCAGGUGCGGUUGACGAGGAAGAAGUCGAGGAAGUGGUCGGUUGGAGGAGGAGGCCUGAAGCGCCCUCGUCAUCGUCCGCAACGAUGCCAUCGGCAACCUCAGCCCCAGAGGAGGCCCCAAAUGUGUCCGCUGGCGAGUUGCCGGUUGUGACAGAGGCGACGUCCGACAAUAUGGAAACGCCAGCCAAGGACCCAGCCGUGGAAGUCGCGGCCACUUCGGCGGAACCAAGCCCUACGACCUCGACAUCCGACACUGCAGCGCCUGGCACCACGAUCGCUAAUGAGGCAGGCCCGUCCACGCCAGCCCCCACUCCUUCCAGGCGCGACGUUCUCCUGGAGCAGCUCGCGCAACGUCGAGAGCAACACAGGCGCGAGGAAGAGCGUCUAUCACGGCAGCUAGAGCAGACGCGUGCAGAGGAAAGGGAGCGUCGGGAUCGGAGUCGCGAGAGGCGGGCCAUUCGUGCUGCGAUGGGUUCGCCAUAUCGGUCACCUUCAUCCUCUAACCCUCCUUCUCCUUCUGCAGCGCCUUCGACUGCUGCGGCGAACGCUGCUUCUGGCGUGCCCCCGCCUCCGAGUGCCGGCCUCGCUGAAUUGGCUCGCGCUCUUCGAGGUCGGUUGGGUAUCCCACCAGAUGAUGAGCACGAGCACGAGCUCGGCACCAAUCAGGCGCCGGACGAUGACCAUCAUCAUUCCCCUGAGGACGACAUCUGGGCGCCCUUUUCCGAUGAUGAUGAUGACGAUCUCUUUGGCAAUGACCAUGGCUCGGACGCGAACUUGUCGCCUACCUCUUUUGAAAGCUUCUUGCGCGACCUUCGCUCGGAGCUGCGUACUGCUCUUGGCGGUGGGGCAACGCCUGCGCCUGAAGAUAAUGCAGAGGAUGAAGAGGGUCACGAUGACAUGCCGGCUCUGGAGCCUGUCAAUGCACCGAGGUCUCCGACGUCUCUCGUCGAGGACCAUGACGAGGAUUUGCCGGAGUUGGAGGCUGUUGAGGCAGCGGCUGCUCAGCGUCCUCGUCGUGCUGCGCCUGUUCCUGGGCUGGCGUCUGCGACGGCAGGCGCGCGCGAGCGGAACGAGCGUGAUCGGCUCCUGGACGUACUUGCUGGUAUUGGUGGCUUGAUUGGUAGCGCUGAAGGUGGCGCCUCGCGCGCUCGCCAACGCUCUUCCAUGGCCUCUGCUCGUCGUUCUCGAUCCGUGCCUAGUGCACCGCCGCCUCGGUCUGAGUCUCAACCCUUGGCUGCUCUUGGAGGCGUGCGAAGCUCUGGUGGACGUCGGGCAUCCCCAGACGGCGGAGUGAACUGGUGGAGCAUGUAUCGGUUUGCGCCUGUUGUCGUUAGCCCCGUGCACCCCGCGAACAUCAAUAACGCUGCGGCAACACCGACUGGGCCGCCUUCGAACCCGCCGACGGCACCAAGUAGCGAGCCCGCUUCACCAACGUCGCCGACUUCGCCCACGAAUGCUACUGGCACGCGCUCUCCCCUUUCUGAUGCACAUAUUGUCUUCCCGGUCAUCAUCGUUGGUAUCCAGUCCAUCGAGAACAUCUUUGGCCUUGGUAUGGAGCAUACAACUAUGCCUCCACCUCCUGCGACCAAUGAUAGUCAAACUCGGGACGACGAGACUACACCUUUGCUUGACGCUCAGGAAGGUGAUGAUGACGGCCUCCCCGACGCAGACCAGCCAAUCGCUGAUGAGGCGGGUCGCGUGCCCUGGCGCUCUCGUGCGGCCGACACGAUCCGUCGCACUAUACGGCGUGCAAGGGGGACGACAACAGAAGACGGAGCUGCGCAGAGAGAUGGCGGAGACGGUGCACGCGCGUCCGAGGUUCCAAGCAGCAGGACCUUCGCCAUGUAUGUUAUUGGAGCAUACUACCCGCCGUCUCACGCACUGUUGACUUCGCCUCCGCCGCCUACGUUCGAUGCCUUGCUUGAGCUCGCGGAUCUCGCGAACCUGGGCAAUCUCGGUGCCAUCGGCCUCGCCAUGGGCGGGCUCGGAUCUCGCGCGGCCACUGUGUCGAAGGAGCAGAUCAUCAAGAGCAAGCUCAUCGUGGUGAAGGCGAAGGAUCUGGUUGUGUGGACGCCCAAGGAGGGCGAGAAAGAGCCGGAGUCGGACACCAAGGGCACAGCCGUGCGCGACAACUGCAUCGAACGCUGCUUGAUCUGCCUCGAUGCAUACGAGCCCGAAGACGAUGUACGCGUUAUGAGCUGCCGUCAUGCCUUCCACAAGAACUGCGUGGACACCUGGAUGGAAACCGGCAAGAACAACUGCCCCUUCUGCCGUGGCAAGGGCGUCGACACGACCAACACGCCUGCGUCCUCUGCCGCGGCUGCCUAAUGAACGGCAGCUAGCAAUCUCGACUACACAAGACAUUCCUUACCAUCGUAUAUAUGAACACACACUUGCUUUCGAGCUAUCGCAUCCGGUAUCGUAAUCGCAUCCACGACUCGUUCUUUACUUAUCAUCAUCUCUGCGCCUCUUCGUCUUGACUUCUCUGCUAUGGACUGGGUUCGCCCUUGUGUACGUACAUCAUAGACACCUGCAUCCGAAUGAAGGCAUCAUGCCCCCGAAGAUUCUAGCGCGUCGUUUGGGUUUUGGGUUAGCGCUGAAGCAGAGUGAAGGAGCGCGUGAACCAUGCGGCCGCCGCCCUCGUCUGAGGCCGUCAUGCAAUAUUCACCCU